GCCCAUAAUUCAGGUGAUUGAGCGGAUACAGAUUAAAUUAAUGACAGUAUUUGAGGAAAGGCGUGCAAAGUGUAAGUCGUGGUUUUCCAUGCUUGCUCCAUCUGCUGAGAAUCAUAUUACUGAGGCAAUGAACCUUGCUUCUAAGUAUCAAGUCCUUCGAUCAGAUGAAGUAGAGUUUGAGGUUCUAUCAACUGAGCGAUCAGACAUUAUAAACAUUGGAACCCAUUCUUGUUCUUGUCGUGAUUGGCAGCUGUAUGGAAUACCAUGUUCACAUGCUGUUGCUGCACUAGUUUCUUCUAAAAAGGAUGUUUAUGCCUUCACUGAAAGGUAUUUUACCCAGGCUAGUUAUUGUGAAACGUAUGCAGAAGAGGUGCGACCCAUCCCUGGAAAAAUUGAAUGGAAGAAGGAAGGUGAAACCACCAUGGAUGAUGAAAUACGGAUUGUACGGCCUCCCAAGGUUCGCCGUCUUCCUGGGCGCCCCGAGAAAAAGCGAAUGUGCAUAGAGGAUCUUCACCGUGAGAAGCAUACAGUCCACUGUAGUCGAUGCAAUCAGACAGGACACUACAAGUCAACUUGCAAAGCAGAUGCCUUGAGGGAAUAGACUAAACUAGUUCUGUGCUAGCUGGCUGUUGUGUUGCCUUGUUGCUGUAUUUUACAACAACAGCCAUGUGGCUGUGACCCUUCUGGAACUCACUCAAGAUGUCAUAUAACGGCACAGUUUCAG